AUGGUUCUGCCUUAUGAUGUCGCUGCGGCGAUAGGUGGUGCAUGGCUUCUCUUGAACAAUACACUAUCGCACCUCAACGGCACCCUCAAGCCCCCCGGCGACAUAACCUACUAUCCACGCGGCCAACUCCUCUACCACGCCUCGGGCCACAUGUCCGCCACCAUCGUCGCGCCCGCCGCGCUCAACGCCUCAGACCCAGAUCCGGAUUCGCCGCUCGACGCACCGUUUGCGUAUAUUGCGCGCCGCAGUCUGUAUUAUGCUGGUGAGCUGAGUGUUUGGCCUGGAAGCAAUGGGAGCGUGGGGACGUUGACGCAUGGGCCGCUUGUGGUGGCGAGUCGGCCGAGUUGGUUGGGCGUUGUGCAGAGGAGGAAUUAUGUGAUUUUGAGGCGGGGGAUGGGGGACAGGGAUGUGUUGCAUUUGUGGGCGAGAGAUGAGGAGGGUGAUGUUGUGGCGGAUAUAUGGUGGGUUAGGCCAGAGGUGUGA